AUGGAACAUGAAAUUGGUGCAAGACUUGUUGAAAAUAUCGUAAAUGAAUAUAAUGAUUAUUUUUUUUCAGUUAGUAGGUUGCAACUUUGCUUUACUCAAGUUAAUAUUGUUAAAUUAUUUCAUAUAGAAAAUGGCUUGCAAAUCGCAUCAAAAAAAUUUGAAGAACUAGAAAGAAUUUACUUGUUGGAAUUUAUUGAUAGCGAUGAAAAAUUACUUAUAAUAGGUGUAGGCCGAAAAGACAAAGGUCUAAAAAAAGGCAAAGAUCAAAAAGGCGAGGGUCUAAUAGUAGGAGAAGAUCUGGAAGAAGGCAAAGAUCAAGUGCUGAAGUUUAUAAUUUGGGAUCUGUACAAUACCGGCAAACAUGAAUUAGUGGAAUUAGACGACUUUCCAAUUACUAAAACUAAUAUAGAAGAUAUUUACUCUCGUUUAGCCAUAACUUCAGGAAAUAUUUUACAAAUCAAUGAUGAUGGGAAAGUUUCAUCAGUCCUUAAAAAAUUAAAUGAAAAAGAAGAUAAAAAUCAUACUAUACAUUACGAUGAAAAAGUAAAUUUCAAGCAAAUAGUUAAUGACAGAGAACCAUGGUUACCGGGUGGUAGUGAAAGGACUUCUUAUUGUCUUUAUUAUAAUGAAGAAGGAACAAAAACAGAAACUUUACAGCUUAUUGUUGGUAGAUCAACUGUUCAAAUUUGGCAUCAAAUAAAUGAUGAUAGUGAAAACAAAGAUGAGCUUCCUAACAAAGGGGAAGCAUUUCUUGAAUAUAUAUGGUCAAAUCGUAUUCCGGUAAAACAAGAAGGAAAUAUAACGAGAUUAAGAAUUGAAAAGUUUGAAUAUGGACCAAAUUAUGGAUCAAAAAGUAAAGAAUAUGAUUUUUAUUUAAAGGUUUAUUGGUUUGAAAGAAAUGAUAGUUCAAAACCGGAUGAACAUACAAAAAUGACAGAGCACGAAAUAAUAAAGAAAGAAAACGAUGAAAUAAAUGAAAUAAAAGAAAUAAAAGAAAUAGAAGAUAAGAUAAAAAAUAUUAAUGAAAACAAAAACAUAGACGAAGCGGAAAAAGAGAAAAAAAGACAAGAAAUAAUAAAUAAUUGUGUAAAUGUAAAAAUACGAGAAAAAGUGAUUCAAGGAAAAGAUGUUAUUAAAAAAUCUCAUGUAGCAAGACACGCUUGCAAAGCAUUAGAACAUACAAGAAAACGUUAUAAAAUAUCUAACUAUAUCGAACAUAUAAUCUGGAGAUUUGCUAAAUAUGAACCAGAAAAUUUCAGAUUAUUAGAUAUUCGAUAUAAUCUUAUGAAAAGUUUAAUACUGGCUGAUUGUGAUCGUUUAAUAAAAUUUAUAUUAUUUGGAUAUGAAGAAACCGCCAAAGAUAAAAUUGAUUACAGACAUGUACCAAGUAAUAAAUCAUGGCCAGGAAAAAAGUUUUUAAAGGAUGAUGAUUUUAACUUUGGCGGCAAAAGAGAUCAUAAGCUAAAAAUCCCAGAAAAUAAUAUGGAACUAGCAAUUUAUUAUUGUAGAGGUCGUGAGCUUAAAGAUGCGAUUAAAGUUGCUUAUCUUUUGGAAUAUUACUCAAGAAAUCCUACGAAUUGUGUGGGUUGGAUGUGUACCGUUUCUAAGGCAAUUCCUUUAUUAUUUAAAUAUAAUUAUGACGAUUUUGCCAGGAAGUUAUUUAUCAGAUGUUUUGCGGAGGGUCAUCUCUCAGGUCAAGAUCCUGACGAAAUUAUUCCAAAAGGAUACCUAGAAAAUUACAAUAGUGACAUCAAAUUUAGGGCUCUGAUACCUUUAGUUAAGUUGAAGUCUGAUGAAUCUGCUAAACUUAAGUGGUACGAUCAUAAUUGGAUUUGGAACAAAUUUAAAGAUUUAAUAAAUAAACUCAAAGGAUAUAGAAACUUCGAAAAAUCACCAUUAGCUUUACGAAUUGUUCCAUUUCCUGGUUUUACUAUAAAUAGCAUUAAAAAGAACGAAAAAAAGCUUAACUUAUUUGAAAAAUUUUUAAGUCCCCUUUCGUCUAUACUUAUACCAAAACCGCGUCAAAUCAAACAAAGUGAAACGAAUAAGUUGAGUCCUUUUUCUAGGAUGAUACUUUAUGAGAAUAAUGGUGAUGUUUAUGACAAUCCAGCAAUUGAAGCAGUUAUCAAUUUUCUGAAACAGUUUAGUUAUCGUGGACCUAAAAAAUAUAUUCUUGACUUACUUAACACUGUUGAUAUGAUUUCUAUUAUACUUCCUGUAACGGUAAUGUCGAUGAUGCUUAAUGAUUUUCAACUUUCUAAUGGUUUUGGAAUUAUUGAAGAACCUGAUUCUAAAUUAGUUGUAGAGAUAUCAUUCUCAAUUUUCUUAAUUUGGAUUCAAUUUAUUUUAUUUCUCCGUAUAAAAUCAGAUAUUGGAAUUUAUAUUUAUUACGUUGUAAUUAUUUUCCAAGCCAUAAUUCCAUUUCUUUGGUUUAUGUUUUUUGUGAUACUUGCAUUUGCACACACAAUGUUUAUUCUACUUAGAGAUCCUAAUAAAAACAUAACAAUUAAAAAUUCUACAUAUAGUGGAAGUGCUACAAAUUCAUUAACAAAUGAGACACUUAAUAUUACGCUUAAAUCUGAUUUUGAUCCUAAAUCUAGUGAUGAUAAUCCAUUUUCAACUUUUUAUACAGCAAUGGAAGCCGCAUAUUUUUGGAUUAGUGGUGAUUGGGUUCAAAGAGAUAAUUUUGAUUAUUGGGCUGUUGACUUAUUUACCUUGAUUGCUAGUAUAUUCCUUGUAAUCAUUUUACAAAAUAUCUUGAUUGCUUUUAUGAAUGGCGUAUAUGUGACAGCGGGAACUAGAGGCAAACAAAAAUUAUUAAGAUUUCAAGCAAAUUGUAUAGCAGAUUAUGAAGCAUUACAUCAUUUUUCGGAGCCUGAACCUGAACCAAAACAUAUAUAUUACUUUAGUCUAGCUAAAAAUUUUGAAGAAUGGUGUAAUACAAGAAAAGAUGAACAAGGUGCUAUUUAUAAAGCUUUUGAAGAAUUUACGACAAGCGGUAUUUUUAAAGAACUUGAUUAUGACAAAUAUUCAUUUUUAACAUAUGAUAAUAAUGUUAAAAUGAUAAUUGAAGAUUUUAUUAAAUCAGUGAAUGAUAAUACUGAGGAGUUGAUUAAAAGAGUUAUAGAUAAAAAUUCGAUUGAAGAAAUUAAUGAUGUGAAAAUUGAUUUUGAUCGUAAAUUAGAAAAAUUGAAGAAACAAUUUUUGUAA